UAUUAGGAAAUAAGCCCCAUGUAGAGCUAUCCCUGGUAACUCUAUCUAUCUAUUGCGGAUUUACCUAGUGAAAAGGUCAUUGACUCUUGUCGUUCUAAUAUUUUAUUUCCUACCUAGAUAUUGAGGAGGCUAGGUACUUAAUUUUUUCGUAAUUUCAACUAUUCCGUUAACUAAUUAACUACAAUCUAUAGCGUGAUACGCACCUACAUUACCUACAGUGUUUUAAUUAACAUGGUCUACAACAAUUUAAUGUUUUAAGUUUGAUUAUAGAUCAAGUUUAUGCACAUUAACCAUUGAUCAUCAGGAAUCUAGCUGUGCUUCUAUAUUUUUUCAUUUGACUGUACCUAUGAAGGUACUGAAACAUAUGUAUGACGUGAUAUUCAGCAACUCGUGCGCAUACCUACCGAGGUGGAACUAACUAGUCUCUGUUGCGAGUCAGUAAACGGCUAACGAACAUACAUUAUCAAUUACAAACCGAGUACACGGAUCCGGCACAUAACAUGCUCCUACAUGCCCCGCCGACACACGUUCCUUGCAGCCGUCUCGCUCGCCGCCCGAGCGCAACCGACCGAACGGGAAAACAGACAUUUUACAACGCCAAUACACUACACCGGCGCCUCUAAAGCCUCCACAUAAAGUUCGAUACUCCGUGACUCGAGACGGAGAUGCAUCAACACGCUUCAAAUAGAACGCGACACGGAAAAAGGAAAGCGUUCGAAAUGAAGCGCGGCGAUUGGGCGACGCGCGCCAAUGGCGGCGACGGGCGGGGCCGGCGCGCAUGCGCGGCGGCGCGCGGCGCGCGCGCACAUGUCCCGCUCGCGCGCCGCUCGGCGGACGCAUGCGUAGCUCGGUGGUGAGUGCAGUGAAGUGAUCAUGCUCGGAGGCAUGGACGGCAAGGAGUACGGCGCGCUGCACGCGGCAGCCGCCGCCGCCUCCUACGCCAUGGACACGGGUACGUCUUUCGCCCGAGAAAACCUGGACCACACACUAGAUCCGAGUGGCGGCUCACUAGGCGGCGGCGUAGGUGGCUCGCAGCAAUACGGCGAAGUGAAUCAGCUGGGCGGAGUGUUCGUCAACGGGCGACCGCUACCCAACGCAGUGCGGCUGCGAAUAGUGGAGCUGGCACAGCUAGGCAUCAGGCCCUGUGACAUCAGCCGGCAACUUCGAGUGUCACAUGGCUGUGUAUCAAAGAUCCUGGCGCGCUACCACGAGACGGGGUCAAUUCUUCCUGGCGCUAUUGGGGGAUCAAAGCCCCGCGUUACGACGCCCAAGGUGGUGUCCUACAUAAAGCAACUAAAAGCGAAAGAUCCCGGCAUCUUCGCGUGGGAGAUCCGCGACCGGCUGCUCGCGGACGGCGUGUGCGACAAGUACAACGUGCCCUCCGUGUCCUCCAUCAGCAGGAUCCUGCGCAACAAGCUGGGCGGCGCGCUGUACCCGGUGCCGCCGCUGUACCCCGUGCCGCCACAGCGCUGUUGGCCGCUACACCAGCCCUACGACUACUAUGUCUACCUCCAGGGCCGGCAACACGCCGGCGGCGCGCCGCACGGGCUGCAUCCACACCAGCAGCCCGCGCCGCCGCACCACGCACACGCGCUCUGACCCGCCGCGCCCGCGCACCCUCACCGCGCCACCGAUCACGACCGGUGACCAACUGAGAACCAGAGGGUGAUUGGUUGAG